GUGUGCGCCUGCGCGGAGCCGGCUGUUGGAUCCCACCCGGGCUGCGGCUAGAGUGCGCGCUCACGUGGAUGAAGAAGGCUUGGAGAAGGUGCCUUUGGAACUGGGAAGCUGGAAGCAACAUUAGGAAGUUUAUUGAAAGGCUCACAGAAAACCAGUGGAAAUUACAGAAGAGCUUGCUUGGCUUAGGAUUCACAAAGUAAUACACCCUGUAAACCUUCAAACUGCCCAGAAAGAGGAAAUACUGGAUCCAUCAUCAGCACCAUUCUGCCCCCUAAAUUACACAAAGGCCUUUUCUAAGAUAACCAAGCAAAAGUAAGAUGAGACUCCUUUAUGGACUGCAGUCUGCCAGGAGAAGUCAGUUUCUCUCUGGAGUGAACUCCCUGGCCAACAGGAGACAGUGGACCCCACCAGCAAGCUGUCCACUGGCACCAAGGCCCCGAGCAGUAAAUGCAUAUUGGGGACUUACCACAGUCAGUCACUGUCAUUCAGUGACCUUACUGCCUGGAAACUUUCAUUUCUGUAGGACUCUCAAUAACAAAAAAUCAAGAUGCCGCUCAAGUGCCCAAAGCAAGAAAAUGGGGGUGCUUACCUACAGAAGUACUGUGCAGAGUGAUUCUUUUCCAAGACAAGGAGCGAGGAAAGUGGCUGGUGUUCCUGCACUUGCAGCCUCAUGUUCUUGUCCUGCUGUGAAAGAGACCCAGAGUUUCCACACAUCUGCACGAGUUCAGGCCGCCCCAGUCCCUCUCUUGCUGCUCAUUCUAAAACCAGUGCAAAAGCUCCUCGCUAUCAUCGUGGGCAGGGGCAUAAGGAAAUGGUGGCAAGCCCUUCCGCCUAACAAGAAGGAGCUAUUUAAAGACAGCGUGCGGAAGAACAAGUGGAGGCUGCUCCUUGGUCUGAGUGCAUUUGGAUUGCUGUUUGUCUUGUUUUAUUUCACACACCUGGAAGUGAGCCCUGUCACUGGAAGGAGCAAACUACUGUUGGUGGGCAAAGAACACUUCAGACUUCUGUCAGACCUGGAAUAUGAAGUAUGGAUGGAAAAAUUUAAAAAUGAUCUGCUGCCGAAGAGAGACCCCCGAUACCUGACUGUUAAAGAAGUGGUUUGUCACCUGACACAGUGCAACCAAGACGUCCCAGGGAUCUCUGAGAUCAACUGGGUGAUCCACGUGGUCAAUUCCCCAGAUGUCAAUGCCUUUGUGCUGCCAAAUGGACAAGUGUUCGUUUUCACUGGGCUUCUGAAUAGUGUAACUGACAUGCACCAGCUUUCCUUCCUCCUGGGCCAUGAGAUCGCACAUGCGGUCCUGGGGCAUGCUGCAGAAAAAGCUAGCUUGGUUCAUUUACUGGAUUUCCUUGGUAUGAUUUUUCUCACAAUGAUUUGGGCCAUUUGUCCACGAGACAGCUUGGCAGUUCUGGGCCAGUGGAUCCAGUCAAAGUUGCAGGAGUAUAUGUUUGAUAGACCAUACAGUAGAACAUUGGAGGCUGAAGCUGACAAAAUUGGACUACAGCUGGCUGCAAAGGCAUGUGUGGACGUAAGAGCUAGUUCAGUGUUUUGGCAGCAGAUGGAGUUCUCAGAGAGUCUUCAUGGCUACCCCAAGUUGCCAGAGUGGCUGUCGACACAUCCUUCUCAUGGGAACCGAGCUGAGUACUUGGACAGACUCAUACCACAGGCCCUCAAACUUCGGGAGGUCUGCAAUUGCCCACCCCUCUCUGGCCCAGACCCUCGGUUACUGUUCAAACUUACUGUGAAGCAUUUUCUUGAAGAGUCGGAGAAAGAGGACCGAACCAUCACUGUCAAAAAGCAGAAAGCAGAUGCUCUCCCCAUUCAGAAGCAGGACCAGAUACCACUGACAUACGCACUUGAGAAAAGAACUUCAAGUUGACCUGAAGCGGAUGGAUCUUGGGUUCUGUGAGGAACAUAGUGAGCCUUUUCCUUAUUAUGCAACUCUUAAAAAUGAUGUUUUCAAGGGGAAAAAAAAGGAUGCUCAAUGGUCAAGUCAUGUAUAUUACAGAUAUCAUCUGGAAUUUUCUAGAUUUUUAUCUUUCAUGAAAUAUUGAUGUGUUUCAACCUAUUUUAAAAUACUGCCGAGAAAAACAUCACAGAAUAAAUUGAUGUUAUACGUUUCGCUGUCA